AUGGCGCCGAAGCGGGAGCGCGUUAGUCGUUCAGGCGAGUCGGCGAGGCGCGUGACCCGGUCGACGAGCGUACAGGAGGAGGUGGAGCGAGAGGAUGCGGAGGAGGGGCAGGAGGUAGCGGGGAUUGCGGAGGUAGCCGCGGAGGAGGCCCAUACCGAACCACAGACGACGCGUGAGCGACGCGAUGAUCGUCGUGCGGAGAUGAACGGCUCAGAUGAAAGCGGGACUCGCCGGAGCAAGCGACUUAGGACGGGGGGAGCGAGCGGCGGCGAUGGUUCCUCUUCGCAGCAGCCGGCUGACGUGGUGAAGCGAGAACGAGCCGCGGGCCCGGUGAAAAGUGAAGCUGACGUGGCCGUGAGGCGCCAAGCUGGAAUGGUGAAACGGGAGGCUGCUAUCUUGGCGAAGCGGGAAAACGUCUCUCGCGCCAAGGGCAAGGAAAAAGUGGUUGAGAGCAACAACGGCUAUCAUGCCGAGGCUGUCGGUUACGAGCCAGAUGGCUACGUUCGGGAUUCGCAGGCUGCCGGACCUAGUACGCAGCCUCGCGCUCGCGAACGCGCCGAGCCUGAAGAAGACGCCGAACGUCCGGUUACUCCGUCCGGUAUGGGGGAGGAUCGGGACGGACCUGAAGGCACACCGACACAGGCUCUUCCUCGCGCCAUGCCACGAGGCGAGGACGGGUUCCAGCCUGGCAAUAUCCUAUUGGUGCAGGUGAAACACUUCAUGACGUAUGCGUCCAUCUCAGCGCGCCCCUCGCCGCGCCUCAACCUCAUCGUGGGGCCCAACGGCUCCGGCAAGAGCUCGCUCGUCUGCGCUAUCGGGCUGGGGCUGGGCGGAGAACCCAAGAGCUCCCUCGUCUGCGCCAUCGGGCUGGGGCUGGGCGGAGAACCCAAGAGCUCCCUCGUCUGCGCCAUCGGGCUGGGGCUGGGCGGAGAACCCAAGAGCUCCCUCGUCUGCGCCAUCGGGCUGGGGCUGGGGGGUGAACCCAAGAUUCUUGGCCGGGCGGCGCACAGCGGGCGAGCACAGUGCGGAGCAUCGUGCUGCGCUGGGGAGUGUACGCCAAUGCUGGGACGGGCGGUGCACGUGGGGGAGUUUGUGCAGCGGGGGGAGCGCAGUGCGGAGAUCAGCAUCGUGCUGCGGGGGGACGUGGCUGGGGAAGAGGUGCACGUCACCCGCAAGAUCUCCAUCGAGAAUCGCACUGACUGGCUGCUCAACGGGCAUGGAGUGCGGCGGGAUCAGGUGCAGGAGUGCAUGAAGCGCUUCAACAUCCAGAUCUCUAACCUCACACAGUUCCUCCCACAGGACCGGGUGUGUGCGUUCGCGGGCAUGUCGCCCAUACAGCUGCUGGAGGAGACGCAAAGGGCAGUGGGCGACCCACAGCUCUCCCAGCAGCACGCCUUCCUCAAAGACCAGCAGGACGCCCUCGCCACCCUGCAUGCUACGCUGGUGUCGCACGAGGAGCAGCUGGGCAAGCUGCAGGUGGCGAACGCGCAGGUGGAGGUGGAUGUGGAGAAGGUGCAACGCAGGGAGGCCAUUCUCAAGGAGGUAGCGCUGAUGAAGAAGAAGGUGCCGUGGCUCAAGUACGAGCGGGUGAAGCGGCGUGUGAGGGAGAUGGAGGUAGCGGUGGAGGCGAUGCACAAAGAGAGAGAUGACCUGCAGACACAAGUCAUGGCCGCUCGGGACCCCCUUGUAGCGUUGAAGGAGAGUCGAGGGGGGUUUGCAUCGCUGGUGGCCAAGAUAGGGCGCGAGAACGAGGCGAGGGAGAGGAAGCUGCGGGAACUGGCAGAGGAGAGCGACCAGCUGGUGCAGCAGGCGGUGGAGAGGCAGCGCGACGUGUUGGAGGCGAAGAAGAAGGCGGAGAGUCGCGAGCAGCGGCUGGCCAAGGCACUGGCCGACCUGCAGCAGCUGGAGGCGCAGCUCGCCGCCCUGCCGGAAGUCAAACCGCCCAAGGCCGCCGUGGAUCCUUUGGCAAAACGUGGGAGGGAGUUGCGGAUGCAGGCGGGGGAGAAAGAGCGAGAGGGGCGGCAGCUGGAGCAGCAGAUGAGUGUGCUGAGGGAGCAGAUGGGACGCGUUGAGAGACGCAUAAACGAAGUGGCCAACAGUCGCAACCGGCGCAUAGAGCGGGCGGGUGACAGGGAGCUGAAGCAGGCGUGUGAGUGGCUCGACCACAACCGCACUCAGUGCAAGGGGGCCGUCUACGGACCCAUCCUCGCAGAGGUGAACGUUAUCGACCCCGAUGCGCAUGCAGUCUUUCUUGAGGGUCCUUCACACUCCCCAUGCUAUGCUCCCACGCCCUCUCUUCCCCUCUUUGUUCCAUUCCCCCCCUCCACCUCCCUGCACCCUCAGGUGAACGUUAUCGACCCCGAUGCGCAUGCAGCCUGCCUAGAGCAGCACGUGCCGGUGUGGGUGUGGAAGGCCUUUGUGACAACAGUACCGGAGGACCGGGAUUUCCUGGUGCGCCACUUAAAGCCCCUCGGUUUGGCGGUGGUCAACGAGAGCAGUCGCCCUGAGGAGCUGGGUCCUCCUGCACAUGCCAUGGCGGUGGAUGCACAUCUGCAGCGCCUAGGUGUCACGCACCGAUUGGACGAGGUGUUCAACGCGGCCCCAGUGGUGCGCAGUGUGCUCAACCAGCAGUCGCAGCUCUUCCGCUCGUUCGUUGGAUCGGCAGAGGCGGAUCGGAACGCGGAGGCGAUACAGGAGAGGGGAGUGGAGGACCUGUGGACGCCGGAGAGCCACUACCGCUGGCUGCGCUCGCGCUACAACGGCUCCCUCUCCAUCAAUGCACACGGCGUGCGCCCCUCCCGCUUCUUCUCCCAAGAGUCGGGGUUGCAGGAGGAGGAGCAGCUGCAGGCAGAGAGGGAGCGCAUUGAUGCGCGGGGCAUGGCGCUGCAGGAGAGGGCGAACGCCGUGCGGCGGGAGCAGCGCACUCUUGAGGCCGAGGCCGCACAGUGCGAGAGACAGCGGGAUGAGAUUGUGAACGAGUACCAUGGGCAGAAGAAGCAGCGCACCGACCUGCAGAACCGCAUUGUGCAGAAGCGCGAGCUGGUGGCACAAUCCCGGCAGAGCGAGGACAUGGAGGAGGUUGAGAGGAGGGCGCGGGCAGACAUUGCUCUCAGCAUGGAGCGACAGCUGAGCAAUGCCAAGAAGACACACAAGCACCUGCUGAGCCUGUGGCAGGAGAAGCGGCGCCUCUCCUCCCUGCAACUUGCUGUGGACGAGCUCUCCUUCCUGGUGCGCGAGCGCGAGGGCGAGUUCAAGGAUCUGGACGAGCAGCUGCUGAAGCUGCAGCAGGAGGUGAUGCGUGAGGAGGAUCGGGUGGCGGCAGCGAAGCAGGAGGCAGCAGCGGCACUGGAGGUGGCGAGGGGGGUGGUGGACCUGAGGAGGGAUGAGGAGGCCAAGAGGCUGUUUGAAACGCUGCCCGACUCGCUGGAGGAGCUACAGGAGGAGGUGGAGGAGCGCAUAGGGCAGGCGAACCGCAUCGUGUGCCCCAACCCCCACGUGCUGCAGCAGUUCCAAGAACGGCAGGAGCAGAUCCGCACUAUGCAGGGCAAGGUGGAGAGUGAGAGGCAGCAGCUGGAGGAGCUCCGGGCAGAAGUGGAGCGCGUGCAGGGUCUCUGGCUGCCGCGUCUCCGCUCGCUGAUCGUUCGCAUCAAUGAGGCCUUCUCCAGAAACUUCCAGGAAAUGGCCGUUGCUGGGGAGGUGGCUCUAGAUGAAAGGGGGGCUGACUUUCGAUCGUAUGGCAUUCGAAUCCGAGUCAAGUUCAGAGAGAGUGCAGAGCUGCAGGACCUGAGUGCACACCACCAGUCGGGAGGGGAGCGCUCGGUGUCAACGAUCCUGUACCUGGUGUCGCUGCAGGACUUAACGCGGUGUCCGUUCCGAGUGGUGGAUGAGAUCAACCAGGGCAUGGAUCCCACCAACGAGCGCAACAUGUUCCAGCAGCUCGUGCGCGCCGCCACCCACGACCACACGCCGCAGUGCUUCCUGCUGACGCCAAAGCUGCUGCCAGACUUGGACUAUGGCGAGUCAUGCACGGUGCACUGUGUCAUGAAUGGCGUGCAUGCCGCUUCCCUCGCCUCCACUGCUGGUGAGUGCCGUGAGGACUGGUGGCCUGCUGACUUGAGCUGA